AUGCUAGCUAAAUUCAAUAUAACAGGCUAUACUAAUUCUAUUAGAUCAUAGAGAUAAAAAGGUCUUGAAGAAUUUUUACGAAAAACUUUGAGUCAUGUUUAAUUAAAGGAUUGCGAAAUUAUUGAAAAAUUUAUGACAUUAUAGGAUUAAGACUUUAAGAAACUUGUAUAGAACUAUUAAACAUAAAAAUAAUAGAAACUAUUAAUAAAUGUCAGUAAAAAUAUAGUUGUAAAUGCAUUUGGAAAAAUAGGAAAUAUAUUCUUUAGUAUUUAAUUAUCCAUAAUUAGAUCCAUAAAAUAAUGACAAUGAAAUGGAAAAAUAUUGUUAAAUUGCUGUUUAAGAAAUCAAUAUAUAGAAACUUAAAAUCAAGAAUAUUAGGGAUUAAUUAGAAAAGACAUUUCUCAAUAAAUUUGAAUAGAGCAAAUAAUUUAUGAAAUUAUCUACUCUUUUUGAUGAAAUUUAAAAUGAUAUAGGAUAUAAAGAGCAUAUGAAUACAAAAUGUGAAACAAUAUCAAUAGCAUUAAGAGACUCAUUUGCUAGUGUUAUGCCAAUAAUAUAUACAAUUGAUGUAAUAAUAUAUUGAAAAUUAGGCUAGUAAUACUUAUUAGAUAUGGAAGUAGUUUUGAAUAUUGUGAAAUAUAGGGCGGAUUUACAAUAAUCAAUAACUGAUCAUGCAGCUGCAUUAACAAGUGCUAAAUACACUGUAUUUAUUUAUCAUUAUUUAAUAAGCCUGAAUAAUAAGCAUUAAUAUAGACAUAAUUAAAUGAUCAUUAAAAAAAUAUGAGUAAAUUUGUAGAAAACUUUAAAAAUGAAUAUGAAACAUUUACUGAUUAAUACAACAAGCAUUUUAAUAAAAUGAUGUAGACAGUAUUAUAAGUGUGGCAGUAAAUCAAUAAUCAAAUGUAAGAAACUUGGCUUUGA